AUGUCCCAACUCGGCGUCUUUAAAGAUGCGAGUCAAGAUCGACUGCAGCUGAUUGGGCUUCUAGAUGGGGAUGAGGUAAGGAGGGAAGGACAUGACAGCGGCCAGUUCUCUGAGUCCGAUAUUGACGCUGAGGACUACUUCAACUUGCUGCUUUCACCCGCUCGACCUCGGCGUAUUCGGCACAGCCAAGGCCUGGCCGCCGUGGUCCUGCCCCCGGUACAGGAGGGCGGCCGAGACAAUCUCGAAGGCAAACUCGACCGUCGAGGCCGCCACGACGUGUUCGGAGCCCGGUGA